AUGAAUCGGCUUGACAAGGAGGUGGUGCACGACAUUUGCACCAACCAAGUAGUGGUCACCCUUCAGGCCUGCGUCAAGGAGCUGGUGGAGAACGCCCUGGACGCGUCCGCCCGGCGCAUCGAGGUGCGGCUCCGGGAGAACGGCGCGGAGCUGCUGGAGGUGGUGGAUGAUGGGCGAGGGAUUUGCGCCGAAGACUUCGAGAAGGUUGCAUGCAGGCAUGCCACCUCCAAAAUCCGGGAAUACACCGACCUGAGCUCCGCCAACUUCUCCACCUAUGGCUUCAGAGGCGAGGCGCUUUCUGCCAUUUGCGCCAUGGGGGACCUCACCAUCGCCACCAAGACGGAGACCGCCGCGGCGUCUCUCUUGUCUUACGACAGAUACGGCAAGCUGCUCAGCAGCUCCUCCGUAGCGCGAGAUGUGGGCACCACCGUCUCGGUCCGGGAGCUCUUCAAGAGGCUCCCGGUGCGGCACAAGGAGUUCACCCGCAACGCGAAGGCCCAGGUGAACGCCACCCUGCGCCUGCUCCAGUCUUAUGCCAUUGCGCAGCCAGAGGUGCGCUUCGCCGUGGUGUCAGAGAAGCUCCGCGGCACGCAGGGAGCCAAUGCCGCCAACCGGGCCACGCUGCUCUGCACCUCAGGCGCAGCUGCUGAUUGGCACCAGGCCGCCGCGGCGGUGCUGGGGGACGCCGCGCUGAGCGGCUGCGCGCGGCUGCGCUUGGAGGUGGGCGCCUGGCGCGCGGAAGGCCUGGUCUCGUCGCCCGGCGCUGGCCGACGCCACCGCGACAUCCAGCUCUUCUUCGUGAACGGGCGGCCCAUCGACGCGCCCAAGCGUGUGGUGAAGCUGAUCAACGACGACACCUACCAUCAGUACAACUCCCGCGCCUGGCCGCUGGUGAUUCUGGCCUUCACAGCUCCCCAGGGCAUGGUGGAUGUGAACGUAACCCCGGACAAGAAAACGGUGUUCCUGCACCAAGAGGACCAGCUGCUGAGCCAGCUGCAGGCCGCCCUCACGGAGGUCUUCGCCGGUCCCGACCGGCAAAGGCUGGGUACUCUCAGCGGGGUUCGCAGCUCCGAGGCUCGAGCGCCCAUCGACAGCGACAGUCAGGAAAAGGACGCCCCAGACACUCCGCAGCCGGCCAAAGCGAUCGCGACGCCAUGCCAUCCGGAUGAAACGCCGGAGAAGUGCCACGUCUCGGCGGCCCACCUGACGCAAGAAGAGACACAGAGCUCGAGCGCAGCUUCGAGCUUGCAUCUGGUGGAACUGGCCACCAUGCAGGCAUCUCCGCGACGAGAUCCAGGUUCGGUGUCCUCGCCGGUCUGGUCUCGCCCUCUAAAGAGGAGGCAUUCAGAGCUGGAGUUGGAGGUCAUUGAGUUGCAGGAGCCCUUGGCGCCCUUGGGCGACUCGCAGGCCUCCGCGGAAGGAGAGCAGAUGGACCUUCGCGUCGAGGAAUACCAGCCAGAGGUUUCUUCAGGAGAGCAGAUGGACCUUCGCGUCGAGGAAUACCAGCCAGAGGUUUCUUCAGGAGAGCAGAUGGACCUUCGCGUCGAGGAAUACCAGCCAGAGGUUUCUUCAGGAGAGCAGAUGGACCUUCGCGUCGAGGAAUACCGGCCGGAGGUGUCUCCAGGAGAGCAGAUGGACCUUCGCAUCGAGGAAUACCAGCCGGAGGUGUCUCCAGGCCCGCCGGCGGAUGACACAGAGGCGAUCGGCCUGCCAGCGCUGGGGUGCAGCUUCAAGAGCUCCGUGACCUUGGAAGGACUGCGGUCCCGCAAGAAGGCCAAAGCUUCGGAGUCCUCGAACGAGGGCGUGCACAUUCCAAGGGCCUUCUCGCUGGCGUCUCUGGGAGGAGCAGGCGCCUCCAUCGAGGAGGUGGCCCAGUUUGACGGGAGCUUCCGGUUCGACAAGAGCUGCUUCUCCCAGAUGAGGGUCAUUGGCCAGUUCAACUUGGGCUUCAUCAUCGCCGCGCUGCAGGUCGGCAGCUCCCCAGACCUGCAGCUCUUCAUCGUGGACCAGCACGCCUCGGAUGAGAAGUUCCGCUUCGAGGCCUUGAACCGGGAAAGCCGCAUUGAGCGGCAGCCCUUGGUGAACCCGCACCCGCUGCAGCUGGCGCCCGCGCAGGAGCAGCUGGCUGAAGCACACCUCGAGGUUUUUCGGCGGAACGGUUUCGAGCUGCUGAAGGACGAGGCCAAGCCCCCGGGCCGACGCUUGCGGGUGGCGGCGCUGCCCAGCUGUCAAGGUAUGGUCUUCAACGAGAAGGACAUCCAUGAUCUCUUGUACAAACUGGAGGAGGCUGAGCAGGCGGAGAAUGUCACGGGCAGUCCGCACAAAGGAGGCCUGCUAGAUCUGGACGCCCAUCGCGGUAGCUGGAGCUCGGCGCUGGUCCGGCCCCAGAAGGUCUGGACACUGCUAGCCUCGAAGGCCUGCCGCUAUGCCACCAUGGUGGGAAAGGCCUUGAGGAUCAGCGACAUGGAGAAGAUCUUGCGGAACCUAGGCACGCUGCACCAACCCUGGAAUUGUCCGCAUGGGCGCCCGACCAUGCGGCACUUGGUGGAUACCAGCGCUGCCCGGAAGGCGCGUGCCUGA